CGACAGAACACAGGAGUCAAUAAGAGUCAUUCUGUCGUUUACUACUGAGUGUUGAAGUGUGGGGUUUUUCGUGCGUGGUCACAAUCCAAGAUGAGGCUGCGGCUGAACUAAGCGUCCAUGCACCAACAGGGUUGUUGAUCCCACGCAACCCCUCCAACUACCAAAAUACUUCAUCGUCGCUCGCGGCUGAAAACUGACUUCUGUUGCCAUACUUGUGAUCUGUUUAUGGAGCUCUCUAGUAGUGGAGGCCGGCCUUGACGACAAGGAGAAAUCAUGUCGGCUUCGGAAGCGCAUGUCGCAACCUCGUCAUGCCUGGAAGCAUUUGGAGCUCUUCGGAGCCACCUCCAGGCGGCGAAACCGGAGUUUGCGGCGCAAGUUCCCGAUGCUGAUAUCGAAGACGAGUUUGGUAGAUUUCGAUUAUGGGCGGCUAAUAUUGGCGCUCUUUCGAGAGGGCACAGCUCGCUUGAUUACAGGCUUCGUGAUGCGCCUUUGGUUCUGGAAGGGGCUCUGAAGCUCCUUAAUGAAUUACAGCAAGAGCUCCAUCAAAUGUGCCUAGUCUUAUCCGGCGCAAGACUUCCAUAUGAAGCGCAAAUAUCUUCACGUGCGGGCCACGUGGACGACUCGGACACGUCCUCGUUGUCUAGCGAUAGCGAGUCGAGCUCUGACAGCUCCUCGGACAGCGAUGAUGAGAAAUUAGCCCCUAGCGAGCUGCGUCGACGAGUGUCUGCGUUAUCUAAUAUUAAUGACAACCUUUAUCGCCUGUCUCGUUCAAUACGAGCGCCGGCAUCGCACUCUAGAUCAUUGAAAGCUCUGUCUUAUAAGCUGAUCGACAAAGAGACUGGAGUUGACGUUGUGCAACAAUUUGCUCCAGUGGACUUGGCCUUCACGAAAGAUCUGUUUUCACAGCUACGUCGAAAUGCGCAGGAUCAGUAUGCGAACUGUCCAACUCUUGACGAUGGCGAUCUGGCUAUGAUCAAAAGGCUUGCCCAGGGUAUAACCCGUAGAAGGCAACAGUUCCUUUAUUGGAAGCAUCAUAGGAAAAAGCUUGGUUUCCAUGCUGAGAAGGAGAUUUUGAAAAUCCCUAAGCCCGCACCAACUGUGCAUCUUAAGGGAGAUGAAAUGAGGGAAUCCGUUGCCGGCCCGCGUGCUUCGUUGCCAGUCAUUGGCAAAGCUCAAACGGAAUCUUCUAGGCCUAAAACCACACUCACCGAAACUACUGCAACCCUCUUCAUUACUCCGGCCAAUGUGCCUGAUGGUAACCAGUCUGUUACCUCAUAUGCUACAACUGCCCGUGGUCUGGAUGGCAGCAGGAUUGAAUUUCCUAAGUUGCCAAAAGACAUCAAGAAAGGCAAAGAUUUCGAAUGCCCCUAUUGCUUAAUGAUAUGUCCUCCGCAUUAUCAGAUGCCACGUGCUUGGAGGACACACUUGCUACGGGAUCUAAGGCCCUAUAUGUGCACUCAUAAACAUUGUCAACAGCCGGAUGAGCUCUUUGCAACCAAACAGGAAUGGCUGAACCAUGAACGCACCCACCAAAAAGCUUGGCAAUGUCCGGAGCAUGCUUCGACACACUUCUUAACGCAAGAUGAUUUAAAGCGGCAUCUAUUGGCUGAAAACCAUGAGUCUCUACAGCGAAUGGGCCUAGACGAUUUGCUCGCCAUCUGCGAGACUGUUCGGCCUGACUCCAGGACAAUAUGCCCAAUCUGUUUCGUGGACGCCGGUUCGUCAUAUGGCCUGGAAAAUCACCUGGCAAAUCAUCUAGAGCGGUUUGCGGCAUUUGCAUUGCCUAGAGAUGUUGAAGGCAACGAAAACGAAGAAUCUCCUGAGAACUCCAAUAUCUCUGACCACGCAAUUGCCAGGUCUGACCAGUCAGAAGUUUCAGACAUAUCUUACGCAUUUGCUAGCGAGGACAAGAAAGCUGAAAUUGAAACGCUUGUCAAGAUGACACAAGGAAUUUCGUCGACAGUUUUCAGUGACGCAUAUUUUCCUGGUGUCGACAAAUUACACCGUCAGAUGAUAAGCAUUGUGAACUUACCGACUGAGAUAUUGGAUAAGCUCAACGUCGAUCUCCAAUUUAAAGCAGUUUUUAAAACUAUUCCAAGGCUUUUGACAGAAUUAAAGGAAUUCGUGGCCUCAGACGACGGAGACGACUUCCAAGAGUGUGCAUCGGAGCUUAUAUUCCAAAUGGAAAGAUUGGACAGCAUUCUUCAGGAAUAUGCAGUUGACUUUGCAUUGGAUUCCUCCCACCCUAGGCUUGGUAUGGAUGCUGGUUUUUCCAACCAAGGCCUAGAAGAUGGACGCGAACGAAACCAAGCAGAUGGAGAACUCUCUCCCUCACGAGAUAGUAGUCCAGACAGCGUGGUCAACAGGACAGGUCCUAGGCUCUCGACGAUGGACCUUGACAGAUCCCGAACAUCCGAUUCAGCUGAAGAGGCUACUUCUCCGAUACGAGAUAGCAGCCCAGACAGUAUAGUUAACAGAACAAGUUCUAUUCUUUCGACGAUGGAUCUCAAUAAAUUUGAAACAUCUAAACCGGCUGAGGAUGGCGUAUCGCCGACACGAGAUAGUGCCCCUUUUCUAAUCGCUACUCUAACUUCGUUGUUAACUAAAGCCCAGCCGAUCCAACAACGAUUGCAGGAUAUAGCUACCGAAGGCAAGGUCAAGUCAAACGCACUAGUUAUACUAAAGCGGAUAUUCCCAGGCAUAUGCGUAUCUAUUACGAGACUCAUCGCUAUGCUACGAGAGGGCGUCCUGGAUCCCUCUAUCGUUCUAUUUAUUGAGCAAAUUGAUACGAGAUGCCAGCGGCUAUUCGAAGACGCCUCGACUUUCUUAGACAGAUAUAAGAAAAGUACUCGAUUAGGCCUGGUUAGUCAAAAAACAUUAGGCUGGGGUAGCAAAAAACAGUACCGAGAGGAUAAAUUGCGGCUAGUAUCUUCCGGCCAGAGCGUUGAAGAGGAAAUAAAUCAUACACUUGAGCUCCAUGCGAGAGGCCGCCUGCGCAAAAACGGACGCGACCAAGACGAACUGAUCUCCCCUCUAUCUAUAGAAUCUCACACGCUCACUGCUGACAACGCGAGAUCCAGCAGCGGAUUAUCUAGCGAUGACGAGCAGGAACAGAGACCAGAAUCGCCCAAGAACUCUCAGGAUACCAACAAUAUACAGGACAUAGGCCUAGAAGAUGGUUCCAAAGUGGGACAUGAAACAUCAGAGCUGUCUAAAUUAAUUGCUAGUCAACGUGACUCCGCCGAUACUACACGCUAUACACCGAUUAAUGGCCCAGUCAUAAUUGAUGAACGCCCCAUCAAGGGUAUUCUCAAGACCGGCCGCAACAAGUUCCCUGAGGACCCAAGCCCCACCCGUGAGGGUGUCGCGUUUCUUAGAGACGAGCUAAAUGACGGGAUGUAUGUUCGUCCAUCGCGUGCCGAAGGAGCACCCCCGCCAGAUGCACGCUGGACAAAGAUAAACCGUCUCCUUGUGAAUCCCGAAGCGCUAGACGAUGGUAGGGAGAGAUACGAGGCUAGAGAUGACUUCGUGAUUGUGCUGAGAGUAUUGAGUAAAGAGGAGAUACAGGCAUAUGCUGAUGCAACAGCGAAGAUUCGCGCUGCACGAGGAGUUGAAGACGAUGCACGCGACGAGAGGAGAAUCAAACGCAUACCGCCACCAUCGCCAGAGCCUGAGGAGGAUGUGUCUGAUGGAGAUGAUGAGGGCAAUAACUCGGAGUUUGAGCGCUCUUACAAACGCAAGCUAGCACAGCUGCGACAGACUCAACAGGAGAGUCAUGACCUCCAAAAGGAGAAAAUUCCCGGCGACGCGCGCGGAACGAAGAUAGAUCCCCUGAUUCUUAGCCCCGAGGCGAUAACCCCGGCAAGUGAGCCUUUUGAGGAAAGGGGUGGCUUCUCGCCUAGGGUCGGGUCGUUAAAAAGUGCCCAGCUGCUGCCGCAUGGCUUUAUGGGGGCGCUGGAGAAGCGGAUGACGGGCGUGCUUACGAUGAAGGAGCGGUUGCCGGGGUAUAGUGAUCCGGCAGUGAAGAGGAGCUUUGCGGAAGCGUAUACGGCGUUCACAGAGGCGGCGUUUAGGAGGCGCAUGGAGAAGGACAGGCGUGUGGAGGACUUGGUGUUGAUAUUUUACUCGAAUGCGGUUAAGUCACUACAGAAGGGGAAGCUGCAAGGGGAUGACUCGUGGAAGAAUCUGCUAUAUCCACAUGUGGCGCUGUUUCUGAGGCUGCUGAGCAGUACUAUGAAGGAUCAUGGGUAUGAUAAGGAUAGGCCAGAGCUGAUGAGUCGGCUAGCCAGGGCAGAGAAGAAGCUCCUGACGGACGACCAGUCCUGGUCAUCCAUCAUGAACUUCUUGCACGAAGAUGAGGUUGAAGUUGGAAGCUCGGCUGCCCUCUUAGCUUCACGAGCAGAUAUAAUGGAAGAGGGUGGCGACGUGCGCGAGAGGCGCGAGGGCAAAGGCGCGCCGAUGCUAGAGCAGCCGCGUAUACCGACUAGACAUGAAAUUAAUUUGGAGCAGACGCUCGCUUUCAUCGAACUUCUGAAAGUUGUAGCUGACGGAAUACAACAAAAAUGGGACGCCCUCCACAGUUUCAUUGACCCACCCGAAGCAUUCCUCGAGGAAGCUAAACGUUUGGAAUCAGUUCUCGGCUUCCUUAAGACAUCUGAAGUCAAGGAACAUGAACUAGACGACGCUACCCUAAAAGCCUUAAAGCAGAGACUUAUAUCAUGCUUAGAAAUUGCCCGAAAGGUCGACAAAAUCCUUAAAGAGGAAGAACCUACUAUAGAUGAAGACGGAAAGCUUUCCCGGCCUAGAAAUAUGGUAGUACCGCGAUUUAAAAAUAGACUACCAGCAGAAGAGUUUGUACAGGGGGUUAUAAGGGAUGUUCGAUUUAUAUCAACUAAUAUGCAUGUUGGGUUUAUAGCCAAAGAGCAACCAGCGAACAUUACAGACGCAAUUAAAGAGAUGGGGGGAACACCGUUACCUAACCCUGAGCCUCACACCAUCGCUGGCUCCUCAACGGAGGACCGUAAGAAGGAUGAAGCUGACGACGAGCGCGGUUGGAGAGUGCCGGACAUCGGGCUGUACAAGGCCGACAACAUAACCAUGAGGGAACCACGGGACGAGGAUGAGCCUGGCACUGAGGACGUACCUGGAGACCCCCUCCGACCAUCAUCCGCCACUUCGUCUGUCUUUGACGACGAUGUUGUUCUAAACCCGCAUACGAUUCCCCGAAGCAGUAUGGACACCUCGCCCGCCACGGAGCGCAACACCAACGCUUCCCACCAAUCCGCGAAAAUCGAUAACAAAAGAUUACCAAGAAAUAAUUACUCUGCUCGCCCACCCCUUUCAUCCUCUGCCUAUUUCAACCCUCAUUCUUCCCGCACUACCUCCACCGCACCUAUCACUACAACCACAUUCCCAUGCACCUUUGCCUUCGCCGGUUGUUCCUCAGUGUUCACUUUAAAGGACUAUUGGAAGCGCCAUGUCGCUAACAAUCACAUGGGCUUCGUCUACUGGAAAUGCCCUCUCAAACCGUGCCCUAGGCCCCUAUUUGACACGGAUGACCUCCUCGAGGGACAUCUGAAGUGGGUGCACGAGGUCCCGGGUGAUCAUGUAGCGGCGCUGGCGAAGAGGGGGGAACAGCCGGGCAGGAGCCUUAUUCAGGAGAUACGCUGUCCGGCGCCGGGGUGUAUAGAGGAAUGGAAUUGGAUGGGGAGCGUGGCGUGGGAUGAGAGGAUGGAACAUGUGGCGAAGCAUUGGGAUGCGGUAGCUAAGGGGGAGGAGGAGGGAGGAUGGACCGAGGAAGGAGGCGGGCUGUUGGAGUGGGCGAUUAAGGAGGGGGCUGUUAGAGAGUUGGGGGGGGAGCUAUUCUACGAAGCGGGGAUGCCCUUUAAGCCGCGGGAUAACUCAAUCGAUGAGGAAAAGCCCACCUAUGACGAUGCUCCAGGUCCCUCGGCCUCGUCGAUCACACCCUCGCACCGGAACAAUGUCGUGUUAGACCCGUCUACCGUUCCCCAAAACAUGGGCCAUACCUCUCACGACGACGUGAAGAAGCGCGUCGACGAUGAUGGGGCUGAGGCACGACGAAAGACAUAUGAGGCCUGGUCAAAAAUGCAAGAUAGAAAGGCGACUGUGGCGAGGGAUUUGGAGGCAGAAUCUAAGGGAGAGGAGGCACAGAACCCAAACGACGGGAAGAAGCCCGUCGACGACAGCGGAUUCGAGGUGCCUCCCCCAACUACGGAUCCCACCACUCACCGGACAACGAACCAUGGCGAAGCGAAAGCUUCGGUCAGAUUUGCACCUGAGCACGAAGCAGAAUCUCCCCGUCCGCCAUCAGCCAAGUCCAUGACCUCAGACGAUGAUUCGGAUGCCGACUCAUUAGACAUCGAUACAGGAUUGGUCGAGUAUCUGGCUUCUCCCCAGCGGCCAGAGUUUAUAGGCUCAGGCCUGAACUACGAUGCCCUCGAGACGACUCACCGCGACGAAGGGAGGAAGCCCAUGGACGACGCCGAUGUUGAAGCUCGCCUUGAAGCUGAUGAUGCCCUCAACCGUCGAUCGCUUGCCCGUGCCAGUGCAAAGCUAGACGUCGCAAUAGCUGAAAGUCGAUUGCGGGAUGCCGCGUUGGUUAACCAACUGGAGAACCAGAACUCCCCUAUUGAUGACACCCUCCUUAAAGCUAAGAAUACCGCCGCCCGUCGGGCGCUUGCCCGUGCCAAAGCAAAGCUAGAAGCCGUAGUCGCUGAAAAUCAACAGUGGGAUGCCGCACGCGCCGCUAAACAACUGGAGAGCCAGACGUCCCCUCAUGACCACACUACAAUGCACGACGUCGGUCCCGCACCCAGCUCACCUCCUGUGCCAUCCCGCUCACCCCUUGACCCCGACAACGAUCGUUCAGAUGUGUCUACCAUUGAGUUUGGUACGUCUUCCACGCCAUCGGACCGAGACGAUGAGGACAAGGACGACGGAUCUCCAGAUCAGUCGAUACGCCCAGAGACCCUUAGUUUUCUCGAUGCAAUGCACUCCUUAGUUCAAGAGACCAAGCACCAGAACGAAGUAGAGAAGCCCACCGACCGCGAUGUUACUGUCAUAAACCACAACUCCCGACUGUUCGAUGCCAGCGAACCUCGAUCAGGAGAAUCCCGCGAAACAAAGGGGUUAGUCCGCAGCAUGUCUGAGCGCCUCAGCUCCCACGUCUCCCGCCCCAGAAAGAUCCGCGUCACUCAGGAGAGCACGCCUCGCAACUACGAAUGGAACCCCAUCUCUGACAGCACCAUCGACACCCCUCCCCAAACCACGAAUCCCACCACCCGUCCGACGCUUCCCCGUCCCGAGCCAAGGAUAGGAGACAGGCUGGCAGCCGCACGACGCGCCGCCGCUAAGAGACCGAUUAGCGGGACCGACGCUCCUAGGCACAGAACGGAGCACGACGUUGCUCCUGGACCCAGCCCAUUUGAUACACCAGACCCACCAUCUCCUGUGCCGCUCUGGGACCCAGAAGCGACCCCAGACCACGACGAUGACGAGGUUCCCAGCCACCCCCCCUACCCAGGACUAGGACCUCAAAUACCCAUCGACGCCUCCAUUACCCUCGACGAAAUCGAGACCUGGGAUCUGCCACCCGCAGGACUAAAACUCGCAUCACCCUUCUCCCGAACCCUAGACGACGAAGACGCGCCUGCUACCAGCCCUCCUGCGGUCUCGGAAGCGGAAGAGGAUUCGGAAGACGAGGGCCCGAUGGAUGAGAAGAAGAUAUCGAGGUUGAAGAGGGUGUUUAGUAUGCGGAAUUGGACGACGGAAAAGGGGAGGGGGGAGCAGAAGGGGAAGGGGAAGGAGAAGGAUAUGGAGGAUGAUGAGGGUGGGGGUGGGAGUAGGAGUAGGAGGAGACGGAGCGGUUUGGGGUUUAAUUAGGGAUGGGGCGGUUGGUGUGGGAAGGAUGGAGCGUUUUCUCCGUGAUGGAGGGUGUAAUGAGAUAUGCAAGAUACCAAAAUAUGAUGAAAUUUGUAGUUAAAAGUCAGAGAAUUGACUCCUUUCCGGU